AGGGAGCUGUGUCUAUUUAAAGAGGGUCAUCCAGUCACGGAUAAAUAGCAGAAGGUCCACUGUGUUGACGAGCAGCCUCUAAAUGGUUUUCAUCCUGCACUCUGUAUCUGCCUGCGGCUUCUUACCUUUUAUAAGUCCAGACUGAGGCCGACUAUCUGCUGUGACAGCCAGCCGUCGACCAGAUCCGUCCUGCUCCCCUCCUCUAAGGGCUAGUCUACUAUUUUUUUUUUAUUAAUAAUUCAUCCUCGGGAAUACCUUUAAAAUGGGAAAAGAUUACUACAAAACGCUGGGCAUCUCUAAAGGAGCCACAGAAGAGGACAUAAAGAAAGCGUACAGAAAACAGGCGCUGAAAUGGCACCCGGACAAAAACAAGUCUGCAGCCGCCGAGGAGAAAUUUAAGGAAAUCGCCGAGGCUUAUGAAGUCCUCAGUGAUCCGAAGAAAAGAGAAGUUUACGAUCAGUAUGGAGAGGAAGGUCUCAAAGGAGGAAAUGGCCCCACGGCUGAUGGACAAGGCAGCACCUUCACCUACACCUUCCACGGCGACCCUCACGCCACAUUUGCCACUUUCUUUGGUGGUUCAAACCCUUUUGAGAUGUUUUUCGGGCGCAAAGCAAACGGCAGAGAUGAUGAGGACAUGGAGGUAGAUGGAAAUGACCCCUUUGGCUCCUUCACCAGCUUCAACCUGAACGGAUUCCCCCGGGAUGGGCACAUCGGCCCCGGAGGGCCUCAGCGCCGGAAGCAGGACCCGGCUAUCAUCCACGAACUGAGGGUCACCCUGGAGGAGGUCUUCCACGGCUGCACCAAGAGGAUGAAAAUCUCUCGCAAACGGCUAAAUCCAGAUGGCAGGACCAUGCGCACAGAAGAUAAGAUUCUCACAAUCGAGAUCAAGCGAGGCUGGAAGGAGGGAACCAAGAUCACAUUUCCUCGGGAAGGAGAUGAAUCGCCCAAUACAAUCCCUGCUGACAUUGUUUUCGUCAUCAAGGAUAAGCCGCACCCACACUUUAGACGGGAGGGCUCAAACAUUGUCUAUCCUGUGCGUGUGAGCUUGCGACAGUCAUUGUGCGGAUGCUCGGUCACCGUGUCAACGAUAGAUGGGAAGACAUGCAACAUGAAGAUCACGGAUGUCAUCAAGCCUGGCAUGAGAAAGACUGUGGCUGGGCAGGGUCUCCCUUUCCCCAAAAACCCAGAGCAGAGAGGAGACCUGGUGGUGGAGUUUGAUGUGAACUUUCCCGACACGUUGCCCGGGAAUGCCAAGGAUGUCCUGAAACGGCAUUUACCAACCUAGGAGGAAAAAACAAAACAGCCACGUGACAGAGCUUGUUACUGACCACACUUACACUAACACACACAAGGACAGUUCUGACAGUUCACAGAUGGACCCCUUGCUGACGAAUGUGCAAUCUCUAUUUUUGAGCUAUGUGGUGUUUUUAUAAAUACCAUGCAUGCUGCCAAGUUGAUAUAAGUGAAAGACUGUCUGGGUUGUUCAUAACAUUUCAUGUUUGUGGGCCUUUGCUACAAUCACUUUAUCUUUUUGUCUGUGCAAAUAUUUUGUAGUGAGUGAGUCUGCGAUUGCCAAAAAACAAGCAGUAAUCCUUGGGAAAUAUUACUGUGCCAGAGAAGUUCACUUUAUAGCUUUCAUUUCAAUUCAAUCGGAUUUAUUAGCAAGAUUUUUUAUGUCAUUCAUGUUAUUUUUUCUGUCAUGAAUAAUGAACUACAAGCCUCCGCCAGGUUAGAGGCUUUCUUAAAAUGUAUGUACUGGUUACUAAAGAGGAUGAAUGAAGUGAAUUGUCACUUGUGCAUUUUAAGAAACUGAUAUGUGAAUUAUUGAACUUGACUUUUAAAAUAAA